AUGGCGUCGGCUUUCCGAGAGGAUACUUCUCAUUAUGAACACCAGAGUCCGCCGACCUCCGUACACGGUGGCAGAGGCGAAGCCGGCGAAGGAACAUCAAAUGCGCCGGAAAGGCGUAGCGAUGAUGCCUCUUCGGCAGACCACGUCCAGGAGAAAGCAGCCGCAGCCGCGACGCUCACGAAGAGGCAGAAGGUGAGGCGCCACUGCGGACGGUUCUGGUGGUGGUAUCUGAUAGGGUUCAUCAUUUUCUCUGCCAUAUUUCUACCGAUCCUCUUCUUGGUGAUCAUCCCGGCAAUUGUGCAGCGUAUCCUCGACAGUCAAACGAUGCCGGUCCAUAGCGGCGAAUUCAUCGCUAUAACGCCAGAUACGUUGAAUGUUUCUAUCACCACAUCGCUCAGCACGCCAUUGCCAGCAGACAUCGACCCCUUAACGCUCUUCCUGUACAAUAAGGAUACGCCCACGUUUUCACCCUUCGUCAAUGUUACUCUGCCACCGUUGCACAUAGACGGACAGACAGAUAUCUACAUCGCAGAGCAAACGGUCACUAUAACCAAUGAAACCGAGCUCAUAUCGUGGUUCAGCAACGUCUUCGACCAGAAGUCAGUUACCUUAUCCACGCGCGGCGAUGCAUCGAUCCAUUUAGGAAAACUCCAUUCGAAUGGACAUAUAGACAAGACAGUUGAAGUCAAUUCAUUGAACAAGUUGGACGGUUUUGGCAUCCAGCAUAUGCAGCUCAUGUUGCCAGCCAAGGAGAACGGGACGAAUAUCCAGGGAACUCUCAACUUGCCAAACUGGGGAGCCCUCAACAUCGGAAUUGGUAAUCUUUCGCUCAACUUGAUGUCGGGAGAUCUCAGAAUCGGCCUCAUCACGGUUUAUGAUGUUUACCUUCCCCCGGGAAACAAUUCCAGGUACUUCAACGGUGAGCUAUACCUUGACGUACUUUUCCAAAACAUCGGAACCAUCCUAUCCUCCCAGGCGGACGCCUUAAACGAAGGCAAUAUCCAGAUCGAUGCGACGGGAAACGCCACAGUAGUUAAUGGCGAACACAUCAGGUUCAUCGAGGCUAUCCUCAAUCAUAGACGUGUGGUAUCCACGAUACCGGUGGUCAAGCUGACGAGCGACCUCAUCAGCAGCUUCACCAACGGCAGCGAUGUCUCCAUACCAGACAUGCUGGACGACGUCUUUGGCAACUCUACUUUUAUCCAGGAAGUACUUAGCCAUUGGAAUACGACAGGCAGUAAUGUGGCGGCGAAGACGAAGAGAUCUCCACUCUCGGUACCGCGGGGUGUAAUUGGUCCAGGAGCACUCAGUUUGUUCAAACUAGGAAUGAAGAUGAGGAUGGGCAAGUAUUGA